UGUGGAUUCAGCAGCCAGAUAGGCCUAGUUAGCCUAGACAGUAAUCUUUCUGCUCAUUUUUUACUUUAAUUUCAAAAGCCAGGCGUAUCUAAAAUGGCAGACGAUGUAGAGAUGGUAGAUGGAAAUACAGUGCUUUCGGAAGCUCUUAAAGCGCAGGGCAUCAAAUAUGUGUUUGGAAUUGUGGGAUAUCCAGUGGCUGAGCUAGGUACUGUGAUGCAAGCUACAGGCAUAAAGUAUUUUGGGAUGAGGAAUGAACAAGCGGCGUGCUAUGCAGCUUCUGUUAUUGGCUACCUCACAGGGCGACCAGCGGUUUGUUUGGUUGUUUCUGGACCAGGAAUGCUACAUACCAUCGGAGGUCUUGCAAAUGCAACUCUAAAUUGUUGGCCGGUUAUUGUUAUAGGGGGCGCUAGUGAUGCUGAUAAAGAUGGCUUGGGUUCAUUUCAAGAAUGGCCGCAGGUUGAGAGUGCAAGACUUUAUACUAAAUAUACAGCAAGGCCCAGCAGUAUUGGUCAAAUUCCUGCAUUUGUAGAAAGGGCAGUACGUAUGAGUAUAAGUGGCCGGCCAGGUGCAUCCUACAUAGACCUUCCAGGUGAUAUGCUAAUUGGUUCUGCGAAAUUAUCAAGCGUACGAAAUAUAGGCCGCUGUCCUGAUCCUGAUCCUAUCUAUGCACAUCUUCCAAAGGUCAGAGAGGUCAUUGAUCUUUUAACCUCUGCUAAAAGGCCACUUGUCAUAGUUGGGAAAGGUGCUGCAUAUGCAAAUGCAUCGGACGAGGUAUGCAAAUUCAUAGAUAAAUAUGCAUUACCAUUCCUACCAAGUCCAAUGGGUAAAGGAGUUGUUCCUGAUGAUCAUAAACUGUGUGUUAGUGCUGCAAGGUCCAAAGCUCUUUUAAAUGCUGAUUUGAUUGUUUUACUUGGUGCUCGACUAAACUGGAUUAUGCAUUUUGGCCAACCACCUCGCUUCAAUACCUCAGCAAAAUUUAUUCAGAUUGAUAUCUGUCCCGAAGAGUUGUACAACAGUGUAGGUAGUGACCGAAUACUGGGAGUGCAAGGGCAUCUAAAGGUUGUCAUGGAACAGAUUGAGUCGCAGAUGCUAACAAUGCACCGAUCAUGGCGUUACCCUAGCAACACGGAAUGGUGGAUGAUGCUGAGUGAAAAAGUUGAGAGCAAUAAGGCAUUAAAUCUAAAACUUGCGAAAGACCAAUCUGUGCCAAUGAACUACUACACUGUACUACACCGGAUACAAUCUGCACUACCAAAAGAUGCUAUCAUUGUAAGUGAGGGUUCCAACACCAUGGACAUUGGUAGGACCGUCUUGGAGAACUACCUUCCUAAACACAGGUUAGAUGCCGGAACCUUUGGUACGAUGGGGGUUGGACUGGGAUUCGCUAUUGCUGCUGCAGUAUUGGCUCGUGACCUCUGGCCUGAGAAGAGAGUGGUGUGCAUUGAAGGGGACAGUGCUUUUGGUUUUUCAGGGAUGGAGCUUGAAACAGUUUGCAGAUAUCAUUUACCAAUUGUGUUUAUUGUUGUUAAUAACAAUGGCAUUACUAUGGGUGUUAAUGAUGAUCUUUACCAAACCAUUCCAGUUGAGGAACGGCCUACUAAGUUGCUCCCAUUUGUGUUGACACCUAAUGCAAGGUAUGAUCAAAUGAUGGAGGCAUUUGGUGGCAAAGGAUUCUUUGUUCGAACACCAGCAGCUCUGGAGGAUGUUCUGGCACGUUGUUUCCAUGGGGAUAUGAAGAAUGAGCCAGUGUUAAUCAAUGCAAUGAUCGAUCCUUUUGCAGAUAAAAAGCCUCAAGACUUUCAAUGGCUUGACAGAUCAAAACUUUGAUGAUUCAGGAUGCACAUAUAUAAGAGAAAAAGAGAACAACAAUCAGUGGGAAUCAAAUUAUCCAUAAUCGCUAAAAAUAAUAAUUUUAAAUCAAACUGUGAUUGAAGAAGAGCACUGAAGCAAACUGCACAGAUGAUCAAAGAAUGGUUUCACAUAUUAGGAUGUUUCCGAUGAAAGAGUAAACUGACCGAAUCUCUCCAGAACCACCAUGUCUAGACAGAAAAGCGAAUUUAUGAAUGAAUACGAAUGCAUCGAUAAACAUGAAUUAUGAGAUUAUUUUCGAGGAAUGAGUGCAAUAAUGUUCUAUAACAUUUCUGAAUGAUUUCAAAGACAGGAAUCACAUUUAAAAAAUAAUUUUCAACUCAAUGACAGAAUAUAAUAUUCAUUAUGGUACAGCUUUCCAUGUAAUAUCUUAAUUUAAAGACAUUUUCUGUGAAUACAUUUAUAUUAUAUAUGAUGAAAAUAAUGGAAUAUAAAUAAAUUUGUAUUGAUAUCAGAA